AUGCACCAACCGCCGCCUGCCGAUCAGUCGACCUUUGAGUCGCGGGCGAAGUACAACCUCCAGGCCACGGAGGACGCCGAGGAGGAGGAGGAAGAGAGACGGCAACAGCAGCAACAACAGCAGCACCAGCAAAACGAGUGGGAGGAUGAUGAGGCGGAUGAGCCAAAGAAGAACGCCCCCCCGCCGAUCCCGAGGCGGCCCAACUACCGGCCCAAGCCGCUGCGAUGGCCCUUCAUCGUCUGCAUGGUCGUCUUACUCUCGGUGCUGAUGGGCCUCGUCGUGUACGCUCGCGAGACGAUGCCCAACUCGGACAGCACGGCAACCAUCGAGCCCCGGCGCGUGCUGCAGGCGCGUCAGGAAGCGACAUCCACGGAGCAGCAGCAACAGGGUUCAACGGUGCCGACGGCCGCUCCGUCGAGCGUUGUCGUGAUCCCCGCGACAUCUGAGGAGAAACAGCCUUCGACCCCGGCGUCGGCUGCAGUGCCAUCGCCGCCUUCUGUCUCCUCGCCAAACACACCGACAGCAGCAAGCGUCCCGGCAGAGAGUGGCGGUGCGCCGACAACUAACCCCGUCAUAGCGACACAAGUAGAGGACACUUCGGCCAAGGGCACUUCGAAUGCAGUUUCUGAUGUUCGUUCUUCACAAGCAACGAGUCAGGGGCAGGAAGUUCUAUCGCCAUUUAGCGGUCCCACGGCGUCUGCAAGCAAGACGCAAAGCAACUCGGCGGCAACUCGCUCAGACACAAGUGGUUCAGCGUCAAUCGACGCGGCAUCAAGCCGGACUCAGGAAACAACCGGCAAGACAUCUCCAACAGACAUUACUAGUAGCUCCCAGUCAUCGGUCCAGGGUCUUACAACUCCAAACUCGGUUACCGUGGCCUCCAAAGAGACUGGAACUUCGAAGGACGUCUCAAAUACUAGAGUCUCCUCUCUCCAAGCAUCGAUAACUUCAAAACCGGAUGGUGGGACGAGUCAGACGAAGGACAUUUCUGUAUCCGGACCGUUGACAACCGGAGGGAGCAGUGGUUCGGCAUCUUCCUCGGACCUAGCAGGCCAGCGCAAAGCACCUGGAAUCUCCUCAUCAACAGCCUCUGUUUCGAUAACCUCACUCUUCUCGUCAUCCCCAUCCGUCAACACGAUACUGAAGCCCACCGGCAGCAACGAGGUCAUCUCCAUCGCCACGUCCCUCUUCACAACGACUCUCACGAGGAGCGCCUCCACGUUCACAUACACCACCGGCUACACGAGCUACGUCUCCUCCUCCUUCACGACCGUCAUCCCCACCACCUUUCCCGGCAGCACCGCCACGAGCACCUUCACCACCGUCAUCACGACGGCCGUCACCAAGACGACGACGAGGAUGCAGCCGGGCGGCAGCAUCAUGACCACCCUGACCAUGCCGGUGACCUCGACCCGGACCGUCGUCACCAGCGACGGCAGCAGCACCUACUCCCUGACGACCGUCGAGACCGGCACCCGCGUCGAAACCUCAGCCGUAGCGGUCUCUCCCAGGCCCACCGUCGAUGUCACGACCGAGGUUGUCGAGGUCACCAGGACCGACACGACGCGCGUCAGCUUCGCGCCCGCCACGGGCUUCAUCACCUCGACCGGCGUCGCCGUCGUGCCGACCACCGUCGCCAGCGUGGUCACAUCCACGGGCGCAGCCGUCGUAUACGUGUCCGUCGGAACGACCGAGAUCACGCGAAUCAUCACCAUCCCGGGAGGGUCCAGGGGCCAGCAGCACAACGACCCGACUCCCGUCACCCAGGUCUUCACCAGCGUCAUCGACCAAAAGGUCGUCACGGUGGUCGAGACCGGCGCCCCCCAGAGGGUCGUCGUCACUGACGGGGGCGUCAUCACCGCCGUCUUCACGCCUCCGCCCGAGACCAUCGUGACGAGGAACGGCGGGCAGCAGACGGAGAUGGUCAUCAUGGUGACGCCCUCCCCGAACGCGGCCUUCGUUGCCGUGCCGACCGUCAUCUCCGGCAAGUCGACCGUCGUGAUGGUCGAGUCGACCUUUGGCGCCGGGGGCGUCUUCAAGGAGGUGGCCACGACCAUCGGGGGCAAGGCCACCGUCGUAAACGUCCCCGUGAACACCCCUGAGCCGGUCCUGGUUGCGGUGCAGACCACCAUCGACGGGAAGCCGACGGUCUUGCUGGUCGCGUCGACGCCCUCGGCGGGAUUCAAGCCGGUGUCUCUCACGGUCGUCUCCCAGGUCGGCGGCAGCACCGGCGUCUUCACGACGACUGACCCGCCCGAGACCAUCCGGACCGUCAUUGACGGAAAGGAGACGACGAUAGUACGGACGCCGGCCCCCAGAGAGUUCACCUCCGUCGUCGGAGGCACCCCGACGACGUUCGAGAUUGUCACCACCCCGACAGGCACGAUGCCCCUAUCCUUCACCGUCAUCACGACCGUCGGCGGCAGCGUGAGCACCAUCGUGUCGACGCCGAGGCCGACGACGCUGGUGACUUCGAUCUCGGGCAAGCUGAGCACCAUCACCUCGACGCCCACGCCCACGACGCGUCUCUCGACCAUGAAAGCCUCCACCGUCACCCUCACCUCCGUCUCGAGGCCGACGUCGACGGAACCCGCGGACAACGUCAUCACCGAGAUCGAGACCUUCAGCUUCACCAACGGCGACUACUUCGUCGGCAAGUUCCUCCCCGUCAUCCUCGCCGUCACCAUCACCAUCCCGCUCCGCAUCAUCGACCUCAACGCCAAGCUCUACCAGCCCUUCUUCGCCAUGGCACAGGAAGGGGGCGCCCUCGGCAAGAACAGCGUGACCCUCAAGUUCGACGGCUGGAAGGGUCUCCUCGCGCCCUUCCAGGUCCUCCUGCAGGGCCACCCGGUCCCCUUCAUCACGACCCUGAUGCUCUGGUCCUCCGCCCUGCUGGUCCCCCUGGCCACCGAGGCCAUCGGCAUGAAGCUCCACGGCCGGUGCAAAGUCACGGCCAUCGACGGCUGCGCCAUCGAGCUCGGCGUCUCGACCGUGUCCGCCCACGCCCUCGUCGCCCUGCUCGCCUUCAUCAUCGUCCUGCUCCUCGUGCUCCUCUACUUUCUCCGCAACUGGGAGACGGGCCUGCACGCGAACCCCUGGAGCAUCGCCGGCAUGUCGUCGCUCGCCAGGAACCCGGACGUCCGGCCGCUGCAGAUCGACUUCAAGGCGAGCGAAAAGGCCAUGGCCGAGAAGAGCUAUAUGCUCGGCUUCUUCGAGAACAGCCAUGGGAGAGACGAGUACGGCAUCAUCUACUCUGACGACUCGUCGCAGGACCUGCAGGCCGCCGCCUCUGGCGCACUUCCUGCUGUGGACGACGACGACGAAGUCGCAGACAGGGCGCACCAGCUUCAUACCUCGAAGAAGCCGCGCAAGACUGCCCCUUUUAUCGCGCUCACGUACUGGUGGCGCCUGGGCUUCAUCUUCUUUCUCACUUCUCUUUUCAUCUUGGUCCUGUACUACCAUGUUACACUGCGCGUCCGGACGUCCUUCAAGGACGUCACGGACAGCCAAACCUGGGGCGUCCGGUUCUUCCUUUCGGCGUUGGGGGUCACUACGAUCUUCUGCUGGGAGUCCAUCUUCGUCAGUGUCGCCAUCAUCAGCCCCUACUAUCACAUGGGCCGCCGCUCCCAGCAGCCCGAGUCCUCCAUCCUCAUCACCCGCCCGACCAACAGCUUUUACGGCCUCUACGCCGCCAUCAUGGAGGGCAACAUCGUCCUCCUGCUCGCUGCCUUCAUGGCCAUCCUCGCCGAGUUCCUCCCCAUCCUCCUCACCAACAUCCCCUACAACCUGACCCAAACGCUCGUAACCCACAACAUCUGCGCCCUCACGAGCGUCUCGAUCCUCGCGCUCAUGAUCGCCGCCCUUGUCGCGAGCCUGUUCGUCCGUUGGCCCGAGAUGCCCGUCGACCCGCGCAGCAUCGCGGGCGCCAUGUACUACGUCAACGAGAGCAGGAUGCUGGAGGACUUUGAGGGGUUUUCGAAGUUGGAUUCCAAGGAGAGGGAGAAGAGAGUCAGGGAACUAGGGAGGAGGUACUUUUACGGCGCCAUCACGGGCAAGCAUGGGAGGCGGAUGGGCGUCGAGUCGGUUGAGAGCGUCGAGGACACGGCGUAUACGGGGGGGCAUUGGUUUCUGCCACAGGUUCCGACGGACCACCACGAUGAGGAGGUAUCGGAAUCGGAGCAUGGGGAUAAUCCAGAUGGAGACCCUGAACCAGAGCGUCAUGAAGCUGGUCAUCAGGAAAUGCCCAGGGCGCUGAAAAGAGAGGUCGGCCUGAUAUGA